GGGGCUAGCGAGCAGGGGAGGGUCAGGAGGCUGACAGGGCGUGCUAACGAGCAGCGAGGUUGGCGGUGGGGAAGCGGCUGCCCGGAGAUCCAAGCUACACCUCGCGGUGUCUGGUCUCACCAGGCACUCAUUGCCGGCCUCGCCGGCAUCCCGAGGUGGCACAACGACGGCCGCGCUCAACACCCUCUUUCACGACUCGACGACGGCCUAGCGCCAUAGGCGGCUCAUACGGUGGUCCAGCGGACGGCGGCCUCAGUGGGUGCUCGACGACGACCGUAGCUGGUGCACGAGCUUGCACUCAACCAGUCUAGACUCAACUCCUCAUAUCGGGUGCGGACUGAGAGUUGGAUGCUCUGUGCCAGCAUAUGGAUGUGUUGCGACACUGUUGCUUCGGCUGUGAGUGGUCCAGGAUUGCAACCUGGUGUCAUCCACUUCCUACUCACAGGUUACCGUAGUGUUAUGUAAAACAUACCCAAGCUCUCGUUCCUUAAAAUUAUCCAUCUAUUAACUGGAUUAUGAAUAAUUGCUCUUGCAAGUGAAUUUUCAUUACGUGCGUUGAGGAGGAUGCGCGGUCUUCAGACUCGGUGAUUUCUGGUUUUUUUCAUUUGAUCAUUUCUGCAGAGAUUGUCCUUCUAUGCAUUAUUUGGUAACCAUCUACUACAGAUCAGCUACUACCCUGCUGCUGCCCUUGUGGUGAAUGAUUGAUGGUGCAUGUUUUCAUGUUAGUUUUUCUGUAUGCCAAGUCUGAAUUUUAUCAUUUUGCAUUUCUCCAGCCCUUUCAUUCUCACUGUGAUUCCCUGAGAUGCAUUGUCCAUAGGCAAUGCACUUUCUAAUAAAAUAUGGCGGUGAACUUGAAAAGAGUAAUUUAUCUAGCUACAAAAACCUGUUGUUUAUGUUCCUUGCUUUUGCAAAUAGUAGUUUAUGGUUGACACUUUAGUCUAUAUCUGUCAUGCACCCAUCUGGACUAUAAAUAGGACCCUCCACCACCACUUGCUAGCAAGUACUACAUCAUACAGCAACAGACACCAUGGAUCUACUUCUGCUACUCAUCUCGCUUCUUAUGGUCACUACAGGAUAGGGAAUCUGGCUUGCGAGUUUUGCCGAUGCGACCAUGACGGCGAUGCCAAACUCUGAGGAGAUACCAAAGGUGUACUGGGAUAAUCCUGUUGUGCUUUGUUUCUGUAUGAUCUAAAACUACAAGGAUCUUGUGCAGUUCCGAUGUUCUGGAAUGAAUGUUCUCUUUGGUUGGUUGUGGUUCUGAAUAAUUUUUCCAGACAUUGUAAAAGGCCAUGUUGCACAGGUGUUUUGGGUUUCAAUUCAGGGAGGUGAUACCUUGAUGAAAUAGUUUGCAUGUUUGGACAGCCAUAUCUUAGUAAAUUGUGGGUUUGAUCUCCAAAUGUGCUUGAACAUAAUCAGGUCAAGGAAGAUAUCACGUCGCAUCUUUGUGGUAAAGUUGUAUGUCAUAUACCUUGUGCCAUUUGGUUCUAUGUUACUUGAAUAAGAUAACAAAUUAUGCAAUCUCAGGUAUAUAUUUUCAAUCAUAAAUUAUCCUUCAUUUUUCAUCUUACAGUGUUUGAAUUAGUACCCUAAGUGGUUGCUAAAACCUACUUCUACUAACAGAGUCAAAUAUUUUUGAAACACUUGGGGUUUGACAUGUCCUUUGCGUUUGCUCAUACAUAAAGUUAUUGAAAAAAAUGCAAAUAUUUUUAGCGCGUGUCCAUAGUUUCAAAUAGGGCUCUGCGCCAUUUGGCUCAAAGAUAAAUUAAAAUGUGUAUGCAUGUACAUCUCAUUGUCGACAACAAGUCUUCAUACUUUUUUUUUAUUAAAUAAAGGUGGUAAAUUUGUUACCAUAUGCGCUUGCCCACAACUAAACCAACUAAAACAUGAAUUUUUUUUCAAUGCAUACAUGGAUUCAGCGUGUCUCUACGCCAUUUGACACAAUGGGCCAGCUACAUGUGUGCAUUUUCAGAUAUGUAUCUGUCUAUCUGAGCAAACAGAAAUGUUUUUCUUUUUUGCACAAAAACAAUAAAAGGUUAAUAGCUUUUUAAAACAAAGGCCUCCUUAAAUGGUUCCUACAUGCUAUUAGAUACACACAUAUUUUUAGCAGCAGAGUUUGUAUUUUCUUAGAUUUUAUUUAUAGUAGGCAUGAAAAUACAUGUUUCUUUUUAUACAUAAGCAUCUGAAUUUUUAGCGUGCAUAUUUGCCAAGACAAAAAGAUUACUAAAACGAUACACAUAUUUUCAACACGACAUGGUUUUAAAUGGGACUAUAUACCACCAAUUAUUUUAGGGGUAUAUACCAUCAAAUUAGAAUGUGUGUGUGCGUGCGCGCGUGCGCGUGCGUGUGUGUGUCAUUGUGCACAACAAGACAUCAUUUUUUUUAUCAUAUGUACUUGCCUACCGCUAAACUAACAAAAACAUAUAUUUUGUUCUAAUGCGGCUUUGUACUAUCAAAUUAAAAUGUGAAUAUAUAUUUCUAAACCCUGAACCCUUGAAUCAUAGAUAUUUGUUUUCAUCGCGAGCAUGGAUUUAGCGUACCUCUGCACCAUUUGGCGCAACGGGUCUACUAGACAGAAUGACGAACGGGCGCGUUGAAGUUGGCCUAAGCUCCUGCCUCGCGCUGUCGCGCACGGCGCUGAAACAUUCGUGCGCGGCCAGCUCACGUAGCGCGGCGCGGCAGCAGCCGGCCACCGCCGACCGCCUCUCAAGAGCCGCUCGAGCGGCGCAGCAGCCUCGCAAACGUGUUAUCGCCACAAGUCCAUAGUCCAGAGCAGCGCGGGAGAUUCUGCCUGCCAUCCCCACCCCGACCGUGACGCCGGAUCCACGGACGCUUUCCCCGCCCUGAUUUUGGACGAACGGAAUCAGCCCUGCCGGACCGGUGAAUCUGCAUCUGCAUCUGGACGCGCCGGCGCCUGCGUGGACAGCGGGAUCGCGCGCCAUGCGUUGGUUGGACAGCAAGCGCGAAGCCGAAGCCGAUCCGAUGGGCGCUGUCAGGGGCUUUUGGGACCAUGGAAACUGGGCGGGGGCGACGUGGGCGCCAGCCGCGCGAAGCCAGAGCCGGGGACGGCACUUUACUUGCCUGCGGUGCUAACGUAGCCGCGCCCUGCGCCACCAGUCAUCCACUCUCCACCGGCCGUCUCCUCCUCUUGACCCAGGGCCAGGGAGGAUUUCACCCGCCGAGGCUGAGCCGAGUCACCGGUCAGCCCCUCGCUUCCUUCCUGCUCUCGCCUCCUCGGCUCUUCCCCCGCUGCCCCGCGCCACCGCCUCCGCCGGCAGCCGGGACCGUGGAGCAACGGCAUGUCUCUUGAUCUCUUUUCGUCCAGGUUCUUGUUUUCUUCUGGCGCUGCGAAGAAGCUCCCCAGCAGGAGAAGGGUCACGUUCGUCGCUGCUGCUCCUUCGUCUCCGUCCACACCAUCGCCGCCACGGUCGCAGGAUGCCUCCUCUUCUUCCAGGCAAAGGAGUGUACGUGCCACGCCGUUGAGUCCCAACAAAGGUGCGUCUCGACCUGCCGGUAGCAAUGGCAGGACUAGGAGGAGGAGGCAGAGGAGGACGGUCGAGGGAGGACAAGAACAAGGCAGCUGCGUGCCGUCGGUGGAGGAGGCGUCCAUAAGGGUAGGGACGCUGUAUGAGAACGGCGAUCCACUAGGGCGGAAGGAGCUUGGCCGGUGUGUCGUGGAGUGGCUAAGGCAGGGGAUGCAGUCCAUGGCAUCCAAAUUCGCUUCCGCCGAGCUUCAGGGUGACAUGGCGGACCUCACCACAGCGGCAUUGACUCUGAAUUGGGGAUCGGCAGAAGGCCAGCUUGGGUUUGUGAUCCAGGCACAGCCCUAUCUCUCAUCCAUCCCCAUGCCCAAGGGUCUGGAGUCACUCUGCUUCAAGGCCUGUACGCACUACCCCACCCUUUUUGACCAUUUCCAGCGUGAGCUCCGUGGUGUCCUGCUGAGUUAUCAGAACCAGGGGCUCAUCUGGGACUGGCGCUCCACGCAGACAUGGAAGCUGUUGAAGGAAAUGGCCAAUUCUACUCAUCACCGGGCAGCUGUGCGCAGGACGACACCACGAACUAAAGCGGUUCAUAGUAGCAUUGGCGUAAGCCUCAAGAAGGUAAGGCUGAUGCAGGAUAGGAUUGAAGACUUUGUGAGGCAUAUGUCAGAGCUACUGCGCAUCGAGCGAGAUGCGGAGCUGGAGUUUACACAGGAGGAGCUGAAUGCCACCACUAUGCUCGACAACAAUUCCAAGCCAUCCAAGCCAGUAGAGUACUUGGUGACCCAUGGGCAGGCUCAGCAGGAGCAGUGUGACACCAUUUGCAACUUGAGUGUCAUCAGCAGCUCAACUGGAUUAGGAGGUCUACAUUUGGUUCUAUUUAGAAUUGAAGGUGAACACAAGCUGCCUCCAACCACACUGUCACCUGGGGACAUGGUUUGUGUGAGAACAUGUAAUAGCCGUGGUGAGGGAGCCACUUCUUGCAUGCAAGGCUUUCUUUAUAAUCUCGGGGAGGAUGGUUGCAGCAUAACUGUGGCUCUGGAAUCUCGCCAUGGUGACCCAACCUUCUCCAGGUUAUUUGGGAAAAGUGUGCGCAUUGACCGGAUACAGGGAUUGGCUGAUGCACUUACUUAUGAGCGGAAUCUUGAAGCAUUGAUGCUACUUCAAAGGAAUGGUUUGCUGAAAAGUAAUGCUUCCAUUGAUGUGGUAGCUACUCUGUUCGGUGACAGCAAAGAUGUCAUGAAGAUGGAGCAGAAUUGCCUGAUUGAUUGGGGUGAAUCAAGUGUACCUGAUCCAAGGCUAUCAGAGAGGUGUGCAUUUGAUGACUCCCAGUUAAGGGCUCUCUCAUUAGGCCUGAACAAGAAGAGGCCUGUUCUAGUCAUCCAGGGGCCUCCUGGCACAGGCAAGACAGUUUUGCUCACGGAACUCAUUGUACGUGCUGUCCGGCAGGGUGAAAGUGUCCUUGUGACAGCUCCAAGCAAUGCGGCAGUCGAUAACAUGGUUGAAAGGUUAUCAAGAACUUGCUUAAACAUUGUGCGAGUUGGAAACCCUGCUCGGAUAUCACCAUCGGUUACUUCGAAGUCCUUGGCAGAGAUUGUAAAUGGAAGGCUUGGUCAGUUUAGGAAGGAGCUUGAGAGAAAGAGAACUGACUUAAGAAAGGACUUGAGGGACUGCAUAGAGGACGAUUCUUUAGCUGCAGGCAUUCGUCAACUUCUGAAGCAACUUGGGAGGGAUCUGGAAAUGAAAGAAAAAGAAACGAUCAUGGAAGUGCUAUCUGAUGCACAGGUUGUGCUUUCUACUAACACAGGGGCAGCCGAUCCACUUAUCAGGAAAACUGGUUGUUUUGACUUGGUAAUUAUAGAUGAAGCAGGUCAAGGAAUUGAGCCCUCUUGCUGGAUUCCCAUACUGCAGGGAAAACGUUGUAUUCUUGCGGGUGAUCAUUGCCAACUUGCACCUGCCAUAUUGUCAAGGAAGGCCCUGGAAGGUGGGCUUGGUAAAUCUAUGAUGGAAAGGGCUUCAUUGUUGCAUGAUGGAUUACUUACUACAAGACUGACAGUCCAGCAUAGAAUGCAUGAUUCAAUAGCCAGUUGGGCAUCUAAAGAGAUGUAUCAGGGGUUACUCCAGUCUUCACAUUCGGUUGCUUCGCAUCUUCUUGCCGACUCUCCAGUUGUAAAGGAUACUUGGAUAACACGGUGCCCACUGCUUUUACUUGAUACCCGAAUGCCAUAUGGAAUUCUAAACGUUGAUUGUGUGGAGCAUUUAGACCCUGCUGGCACCGGAUCAUUUUAUAAUGACGGAGAAGCAGAAAUAGUUACACAACAUGUUCUCAAUCUUGUGCAUUGUGGAGUGUCUCCAAAUGAGAUAGCCAUCCAGUCACCCUACAUUGCUCAAGUUCAAUUAUUAAGAGAGAAGUUAGAAGAAUAUCCGGAGCUUUCUGGGGUUGAGGUUUCAACAGUAGAUAGCUUUCAAGGGAGGGAGGCAGAUGCGGUGGUCCUAUCAAUGGUUCGGUCAAACCCACUGGGAGCUGUAGGGUUCAUGGGCGACAGCAGGCUAAUGAAUGUGGCUAUCACAAGGGCACGCCGGCAUGUCACUGUGGUAUGUGACACCUCGACCAUUUGCCACAGCACCUUCCUUGCCCGGCUCCUCCGUCAUAUCAGGCGGUAUGGACAAGUAAAACAUGUUGCACCUGGUUCCCUAGAUGGGGUCUCCGGACUCGGCUUCAGCCAACCCACUCUCCCGUCUAUCAGCUAGCGCUCCCCGCAGUUCACUGUCUUGAUGGCAUAAUUCAUUCAUAUGCUCAUAUGAGCAUGUAUAUAUGCGAAGAGCUAAAGGAUGUAUAUACAGUCAUGCGAAAAAACUGAAGGCUGAGAAACUAUAAUGCCCGUCUCAGACGUGCCUGUCUGGUAUCAAUCUGUGAAGAAGACGAAGAACUCGAGAAGAUAUGAAGAGAAAUUGGUGGAUAGACAUGGAAGAGCUUCGCCAGGUGUGUGGUUAUCUUGAGAUGACCACACACCUGUGCCAUGUGGUUCGCCAGGUGUGUGGUUGAUAUGAAGCAUGGCCAUUCGUUGGACCUAACUGAAGGCUUAGCUGAUCAUGCAUCCCUGAAUUGGUGCACGUGAUUCAUUCAGCAGAAGGAAGACUACCUCACUUCCUGUAAAUUCUAACUAAUAUUGUUGACAUGGAUACCCCAACACAGACGUGUAGUAAAUUGACAAUUCACAAUUGAGUUGGAAAAAGAAUGCAUUUCAUCUCGAA